UCCAUCUCCAGAAACUCUUUCCUCGCACACAAAACCCUCUCCUUCUCUCCCAACUUUGCUGAUCAUUUUCUCCUUCUCUCAAGCACCCGGGCAAAGCAACCAAGAAUUCACAUCAACUUGCAUGAAAUUUGGAAUACUACUGCAUGCAGGUAUAUACAAUAGUUUAGAAGAAUUGAAAGUUACAAGAGUGGCUAGCUGAGCCAGCGUUUUCUUGGAUUAAUCAGGCGAUGGGAUUCCAAAGACCACCUUCCUAUAAACAAAAACAGCAAUCUGUUCCAAAAACAACAAAAGACGUGGAGGGCAAAGGAGAUAGCUUCACAAACACAAGAAUACCAUACCUAAGUCCUUGCACAAAUGAUCCUAUAGCUCUUGAUUCAAAUUAUAAUUCCUGGGUGGCAGAACACCCUUCUGCUUUAGGCUCAUUUGAUCGUAUGAUGAAAGCCGGAAAAAGGAAGACGAUUGCUGUGUUUUUAGACUACGACGGGACACUCUCACCUAUUGUUGAUGACCCUGAUCGUGCCUUCAUGUCUGAUGAGAUGCGUGCAGCAGUACGUGAAGUUGCAAAACAUUUUCCGACAGCCAUUAUUAGUGGAAGGAGCAGAGAGAAGGUAAAAGACUUUGUAAAGUUGCAUAAUGUAUAUUAUGCUGGGAGCCAUGGGAUGGACAUAAUGGUCCCAGCAAGGCCACUCAAGUACAAUGAUGGCAAACGCCAAACCGUAGCGCUUGAUAAGAAGGAGAGUGGAGUUCUCUUUCAACCUGCUAAGAAAUUCUUGCCUGCAAUUCAAGAGAUAUUCAAAAUCUUAGAGGAAAAAACAAAGAAAAUACAAGGAGCCAUGGUAGAGGAUAACAGUUUCUGCAUCUCUGUACAUUUUCGACAGGUCCGGGAAGAGGAUUAUGGCAUGUUGGAAGAGAAGGUUAAGUCUGUAGUUGAAAACUAUCCAGAAUUUCACCUAACUGAGGGUAAAAUGGUUUUGGAAGUACGCCCAUCUAUAGAAUGGAACAAAGGUCAUGCCUUGGAGUACUUACUUGACACUCUAGGGUUUAGCAACUCUGGUGAUCAUGUCCUCCCAUUGUACAUUGGGGAUGAUCGAACUGAUGAAGAUGCUUUCAAGGUUAUUCGAAGUAGAGGACAAGGAUAUCCAAUCAUUGUAUCUUCCAUUCCAAAGGAUACAAGAGCUUCCUACUCUUUGCGUGACCCAUCUGAAGUAUUAGCUUUCCUGUUACGGCUAGGGAAAUCGAGGAAAGCCAGGUCACUUCCUCGAUUUGGGUUUAGGUAAUUGAAAUGGAACCUAAAUUUUGUACAUAGCAAUUAUGAAAAGAACGUUGGUAUUAUGUAGAAUAUUGAGGACUUAAGAAAACUACAUCACUUAAGUUUCACAGCUUAUUUAGUGCUAUGUGAAACUGCCAUGUAGUUGAGCUUCCAC